AUGGCUUCGCAAUCGUUCAGAGACUCGCUCAACUCGUUGGGCUGGUCACGCCGUGAUGCCAACCCUCCCGUGAACACUUCGCGACGGUCGGGGCUCCUGUCGUCCCUCGAGUCCUGGAAUCCCUUCGGAGAUAGAGGCUAUGUUCAGCUUCCCACAACAGAAGGCGUUGGCGCCCCUUUGCCGGCGCCAAAUCGACGCGAGGAGGAGGAAGGCUGGUUCGCACCACGAUCCUGA